UGGAGAAGGGGUCAUUCCCUCUCUUGCGUUUUGCUCGCUCUGUCUUAGAUCUUUCUCUUCAUCUCAUCCGUAAUCAUGGCUUCUGCAAACAGAUGGCUCAGACCUGAGGUGUAUCCGCUAUUUGCAUCGGUGAGUGUCGCCGUUGGCAUUUGUGCUAUGCAACUUGUGAGGAAUAUCACCACCAACCCUGAAGUCAGGGUAACCAAAGAAAAGAGGGCUGCUGGAAUUCUUGAGAACUUUGAAGAAGGUGAAAAAUAUGCAGAACAUGGGCUGAGGAAGUUUAUCCGCAAGAGACCACCUCAGAUCAUGCCAUCUGUUAACAACUUCUUCUCUGACCCAAAUUAAAGCAAUUGCUGAAUUCUUCAAACUUUGAGCUGCCUAUGGAAUUUAUUGAAUUGGAGA